AUGGUCUCAUCCGAUCGGUUGGCUUUCCUCGAGAAUAGAUUGAGGGAAAUGGAAUCGUUGAGGCCAUUGGCGCCAGCAACAUCCUCAGCAGUCUCUACUCCCACAGUAACAGGGUCCAUUACGAUACACAGCGAGAGUUUUGGCGAAAUCAAUGUCUCUGGAUCAAAUAACAACGCCACUUCUUCAAAGCUUGAAAGAUAUGGAACGGCAUACCAUAACAUCGAGCAAGACGAAAUCGAGUUUCAGGGCCAUUCUUCAGAUCGAACUUUCAUUCAAGACCUCAAGGCAAAGGUAGAUGACUGGCCCGGUGUUGACAUAACACGGCACCAACUCCCCCCAAACAUCUCUUCGCCAGGGUUCUUUGAGCCCAGCAGUCAAUUGUCCGAUGAAGUUUCUUUGCCCACAAAGGAAUUGGUAAGAAAACUGGUCGACACAGCUUUGGAUGCGCAAAUUUUGCUCCAUGUCAUACAUCAGCCAAGCUUUGACAUUUCUUUUAAUCUGAUCUACGCCCUCGAUAAAUCGGAAUAUGGCAGAAGAGAGGUGAUGUUUCUGCCGCUGCUUUAUGCAGUAAUCGCCUAUGGCUGUUUGUUGAUUGAACCGGAUCAGGGGGAUGAAGGUGGUGAGAAUAUGGCCUCACAAGGGUACUUUGCAUCCAAAAUGCGAAUAUAUAUGGAGUUUACCCGCCAUUAA